UAGAAGCGAGACGACGUCAGUCGGCAGUCCUCAACAACUCGAGUGCCCGUGCUGCCAUCUGCAGUUACUUUCUCCUGCUUUCUCUUGCUCAGACCAAUCAGAUGACAUGCUGAUAUUUUCCCUUUCGAGUCCUGAGUCCACGCUCCUCUGUGGAGUGAAGCCUAGGAUCAGGCAUCUCUUGUGUGUACAAAUUUUGCCUGUUAUAUGUGUUAUCGUUUGUUAUGUUGAAGUUGAAAUUCUGCAAUUCUUUGGUAAGAUAUGACUCUUUCACAUGUUUUCAAUUCGUGAUCAGAUUUUGUUGAAGAUUCACCUAUCACAGUUCAUCAAAACAUGGCUGUAAUGUAGAAAACUUUUAAGUUGAGGGUACCCAAGGGGUGCCAAAGGCAUGGGGAGUGCCCUGAGCAAUCUGUUCAGUAGCAAUGGCCUUUUGGUAUCAAAUCACCGAGGUAUAUCUGACCUCUCUAAAGACCACGUCAGACAGCUGUUUGAAGUCUUGAGGGCAAAUCCUCGAAUUAAUAUUCAAAGAUUGGAAGGAUUUCUUCAAGGGAUACCUAAGUGUGAUAACAUUUUGCUAGCUCAUAAUGGUGAGGGAUACAACCUUUUACAAAAGUGUGUUGGCAUCAAUAAUGUUGAACUAGUACGGUGGAUCUGUUCAAGAAAUCCAGAUUUGAAUCGCGGAGCCUGUUCCUUUCCACUUCAUAUUGCUUGUCUGAAAGGGCAUGAACAAAUUGUUGAGUUGCUCUUGAAACAUGGGGCAAGAGUUGAUGUUGAAGCACGCAUGUGCUGGCCUGGUCCGCACAAUCAAAACUGUGAAGAGCGUGGGAAGUACACUACUUCACAUGGAGACCCUAUUCCAUCAGAGAGAACUAGUGACAAACUCCAGAAUGCUAUUUGUUAUGCAAUUGAUGGAGACCAGGUAGCAAUACUAGAAUUACUUACUCAAAAUGGUGAUGAACAUUGGUUUCCAUGGCAAGCCAAACGACCAUUGCUACAUAUUGCCUGUGAUCGAGGUGCAUGGAACUGUUGUAAAUAUUUAGUAGAAGAGAGGCCUGAGGAAGUUAAUUUAUGCUUUGAUGAAUAUUAUCCUAUUCAUCAGGCUGUCCUGCAUGAUGUACGCUUUCUGGAACUGCUCAUUUCAUGUGGUGCACAGACCACUGUUCGCACAGCAACUCAGCAAAUGACUGUUUUACAUAUUCUUUACCUUAUUGGGCGUAAGUCUGCACAAGAUACAAUGGCAACAACACGCCUUCUGCUAGAUAAUGGUAUGAGAGAAAGUAUCAAUGAAGCAGAUUCCCUAGGUAAUACUCCUCUUCAUGGUCUAAUUGUUAGGUAUGCCUUAGAAGAAGCUCGUUAUGGAUAUGACCAUGACAACACUCCAUGGAAUAAAUGGGAUGUAUUGCAUUUGGUUCGUUUCUUGCUUCAAAAUGGUGCUAGACCCUCUAUAAACCAGCAAGGUAAUUCAGCCCUUGCAUGUGUGUUACGGCAUGUUCGUGAUUGGGAAUUUCGAUAUGAGUUGUUAAACAUGCUUCUACAAGAAGGUGGCAAUCCAAAUUUUGUUGGGCGUGAUGGUUCUGUUCCUUUGAUGGUUUGUCUUGUGCCACUCAUAAAUAAAGAUCCAUUACAUCAUUUUACUCAUAACAUGAAGGUCUGUUAUUUGAACUGUGUAAGAAUUUUGUGUAAGCAUGGUGCAAGCCCUAACUGUUCUUCGCGGUCCAACUUAACCCCCUUACAUGUGCUCAUGUUUACUGCCAGUGAAAGUAUUGCCCUUUCACGUCAAGAUGAAAAAGCUCAAAACUUUGAGUUUAUACGUAGCUUACUGGUUCUACUUUUACAAAAUGGUUUGGACCCAAAUGUGCGGUUUUCUCAAAAAACACCUCACAUCUUGCCUGCUGUGAUGGAUAUGGUGCCUCAGGCCCGUUCUCCAGCUGACUUGGUCCAUGUUCACUCACUUACUUUGGCUCUUCUUCAGUAUGGUGCAGAUCCAAACAUAAAUGUUCCUCCACCCGACCACAUAACUAUUUGUCAUUCUCAAUCUUGUGUUUUGAAAAAAGCAUCAAAUCAUGUUUUAUACUAUUACAUAGUUACAAUAUGUAGAAAAGAAGAAAUAAUCCUGGAUCCUGCCCAAAACUUUAUUGCUAUCAUCAUGCUGUUCUAUUUCUGUAUGGACCAUCGACCAUUGUUCUCAUGCUUGAAAGUUAUUUUUACUGCUCUGCACUCUGGCAUCAUGUCAGUCAAAGGAAACCCUGCCCUUCUGAAUGUGAUUCGUGAACUUCAUGCAUCACCACGCACGUUGAAACAAAUCAGUAGAGUUUCAAUUUAUAAAGCACUGAGGCGUUGUCCUGGAGUCCAUGCCAACAAAUUACCCCUACCUCCAACUUUAAAAGAUUACUUACUCAAUUUUGAACCUUGAAGAUUUCCAAGUUACUUGUUUUAGACAAAUGAUAUGUUUAUCAGAGUCUGGUUUGUUGUUUUAUUAUAUUCUAAUUGUUAUAUUACUGUUAUUUAAUUAUUUCAGUCUGACCACAGGUGCUGUUGCACCUUAAUUAUUGAGCUUGGAAUUCUGUAAAUCAAGUUGCUUUACUUUUAAUGCUUGGAAAACUGGUGCUGUCAUCCAUCUUCAAGUGGUUGACCUUGAAGUUGACACAUUAUAUUUCUGGAACUGUUUUCCCUUAUUUGAGCAAUGGUGCUGCGCUGCACCAACUAUGUGACUUUGGGAUGCUAUUCUAUAUGCAUUCCUAUGGUAGUUUUAAUCUGCAAGAUCUUGCCUGAUCUAACUUUGAUGAGAUGUGUAAAUAAAGGGCAAGCAUAAAGCAAAGCAUUCUUCCAGUGUGUCAAAUACUUAACUAGCUCUGCUGUAAUUACAUGGUAAUUACUCAGCACAGCCCAGGAAAACUUCCUUCCAGCAUGAGAAAGCACAUUGUGCUCAGCAUUUUAUUAACCAUAAUUUAAAUUUGUUCUGUUGCCCAGCUUCAUGUUCAUUUCAACAUUCAUACACAUGAUAAAAAGAGAAAAAAAAAGGGCUUGGCUCUGUUUGUGGACUACAAUGGUUAAAUUUAUACAAUUUUCCACUACCACUGGAAUCUCAUUAGCCUGUUAACCUGAAAAUUAAGCGCUUUAAAAUUGUGUUCAAUUAAAAAUGUUUAUUGUGGGCUUUGUUGACUUUCAGGAAAGAAAUUCAGCUACCAAAACAAGCAAACAGUUCUAAUAAGUAUUGGGAUGCUUGUUAAUUGUAUGUGUGUCCAGGAAUAAGUUAUUUCAAAAUAAAACCAAACAAAUUUA